AUGCUUUCAUUAUCGAUAACUCUUGCUUUUAAAGAUAUACUACAUAAUAACAAAGAUUAUGACAAGGAUUCCUCUUAAACAUCUAGUUGUAAUGGAAAUACAGCAGAUGAUGACGACUUGGUAGAGUCUUAUAAUGAGGAGAAGAUGGUGGCUGUAUUUAACCGUAUUGAUCAAUGCAAGGAUUUAUUGGAGACGAUGGAAAUAUUUCGUCAUGCUAGUGAUGGAGAUCUGACAGUGAUACUGGGAAAUUUGAAGAAGGUUGAAUAUAAAGAUGGGAAGAAAGUUUUGGUUGAAGGGGAGAUUGGAAGAGAUUUUUAUAUUAUUGAUGAUGGUUGUGCAGCUGUAUAUCAGCAAAGAUUAUCAGAUGGUGUUGAUGUAAAAGUUGGAAGAUUAACUCGUGGUUCGUAUUUUGGUGGUGUUGCAUUGUUUAUGAAUGUGCCAAAUGCCGCCACGGUAGUAGCUGAAGGAAAAUUAGUAUGUGCCCAAUUAAGUGCUGAUCAUUUUCGACGUUUUAUGAAGCCGGUGGUGGAUAUUUUGAAGGAACAUGCUGAUACAUAUAAAUCAUUUACAGAUCUGAUCGUUUAA